GUUGAUAUACUUGUUUGUUCAACUGGAGCUUCAAAAGCUCCCCUUUUUGCUUAGAAUCUUAUCACGGUAGUGCUGAAGACGAAUAUUUGUGUGGUUUCCUCCUUCAGUACAGGAAUAACCAUGAAAUUGAGAAGUUACUUGAUUCUUAUGGUGAACUUUGCAGUUUCAUCAGCAAUUUCCCUCCCUACAGCAGGGGUUGAGAAAGUUGAACUUAAUCACAAUGACACCACAACAGAGGAUUUAACAAUUGAUGACAUUCGUGUGCCUCCAAACAUUGAAAGGAGUAGCAUUCUACCUGGAAAUAAUCUAUGGACAUCCCCAGUUUCCUACGUCUUGGAUAAAAGCCUAGAUCUGAACGCCAAAGGAGUCAUCAUGAGAGCUUUCGACCAAUUCAGGGUGAAGUCAUGCAUUGAUUUUAAACCGCAGGAUUCUGAGGAGUACUACAUCAACAUCAAAAAGUUAAAUGGGUGCUUUUCGUAUGUUGGCCGUCAAUUCAUGAAUGGACAGGAACUCUCUAUUGGUACAGGCUGUGAUUACCUUGCCAUUGUUGAGCAUGAGGUUCUUCAUGCACUUGGUUUCCUCCAUGAGCAGUCUCGAUAUGACAGAGAUAAUUUUGUGAGGAUUAUACUUGACAACAUCUUAAAAGAUAGAGAGAACAAUUUUAUUAAGUUUGGCAGUGAUCAGACCACCACCAAUGGCGUCCCUUAUGACUACGAGUCAGUGAUGCACUAUUCCAAGAAUGCAUUCAGCAAUGGUAAAGGCCCAACAAUUGUUACGCUGGACCCUAAUUUUAAAGACGUGAUUGGUCAGAGACUUGAGAUGAGUCCUCGUGAUGUUGAAGAGUUGAACCUUCUGUACAACUGCAACACAACUGUUGCUUUUAAGUUUUACUGCGGCUUUUCAAAUGGAAAAAUGUGCCAGAUGAGCCACUGUUCACAGAGUGAGAACCGCUGGAAUGUUGUUACACAAGCGAAUGGGGGUCCAAGCUCUGACCACACAACACUACCAAGCGAAAGUAACGAUUAUGGUCAACAAACCGGGUACUUUAUCCACAUAAGCACAGCAUCAGGUCAAAAGGGAGAUUCAGCCCGAUUGGAAACUGAGGAAAUGAAGCCUAACAGGGAGUGUAAUGUCCAGUGUCUAGAGUUCUACUAUUUCCACAGUGGAAAUGAGUCAGAUGAAUUAAAUAUCUGGAUAAGAGAGUUUCAAGAUGAACUGGACAAGGAUGGAACUCUUCGCCUCAUGGAGCGGAUUAUUGGUACUUCAACAUCUCAUUGGAAACUCCACCAUGUUUCCUUGAAUGCUACCAAGAACUUCCAGGUGGUGUUUGAGGUUCGCAAAGGAGCAGGAAACUCUACAGGAGGCUUCUCAAUUGAUGACAUCAAUCUCUCAGAGACAGAGUGUCCACAUGUUGCUUUGCAGAUUGAUGACUUUAAGAGUAUUUUAAACACAAACAACAUUGUAACCACUAUAUACAGUCCACGACAGUAUUCGGAAGAUGGCUAUGCGUACCGUAUUGCUGCUGAAAUUAGAAAAGAAGGAAUUGGAAUCUUUGUGCAGCUCUUGUCUGGUGAAUUCAACAAUGAAUUGCAGUGGCCUAGCCUGCAAAGACAAAUGAUUUUCCAGUUGUUGGAUCAAACCCCUAAUAAGCAACUGCAAAUGUCAAAGCAAAUUACCUCAGUUUCUGACAAAACUCAGGUGACAUCUAGUGGUUCCUCUGUUUGGAACAAUCCUAUGGAGAAUGGGACCGGUGUUUUUUAUGAGAUGGAUGAGUUAGUCUACGGUGGACCUCUCUUUGGGGAGUCCAAUUUUGUAACCGUGGAUGAGUUGCAAUACAGAGAGUUCCUCAAGGGAGGUAGUAUCAUUUUCCUGUUUAACUUAAAAGAUCUUACUCCACUAAUCGAGGGAAAUAAUCUACCAUGUCCCAAGUUAAGACCACUGAACUCAUCAAAUCCUCUUCCAAAUCUGGAUGCAGGGCCAUGCUUAGCACGGAAUGUAUCUACCGUUCCGCCACCGUCCGGUACAAACAGGAGCAUUCAUUUCUUCUGCCCUGGCAUGGUGGCCUCUCCAAUUGUCAUAGUCCUGCUGACUAUGAUCCUUCAAUUGUCCUGAUUCAUUCCUCCUAUAUAAAUCUAUCCAUCUGUGAUUAGAGUUUUUUCUUAGGUGUGCAUUAUUUGUGAAAAUGUUUUAUUUGUGAAAAUGUGUUUUAAUAAGAAUUUGCUUAAUUUCUGAACCUGGUGUCUCAUACUAUUUUUGGUAAUGGAACUUACUUUUUUUUCAGUACAUA